AUGCAUAUGUACUUUUGUGCACCGAAAGCAUAUGCACCUUUCGGUCUGUCUGACCAUAACACUAUUGUCGCAGAGCCUAAUGUCAUAGCGCCAAAAGGCAACAAUAAGAAAGUAAUAAUAAGACGGGACUAUCGGGCAAGGCGUAAAGCUGAAAUGGGAAGAUAUUUGAGCCUCUUUGAUUGGUCACAGUUGUUUGCUCCCUUGGAUAGUAGUGAGGAAAAGUGGUUGGUUUUCCAUGAAGUAAUACACAAUGGACUUAACUUAUUAAUGCACGAAAAACGUAUGGAGGUCAGCACUGUUGAUGCACCAUGGAUGAAUAAGAAAUUAAAGACCCUGAUUGCCAAAAGACAAAAGGCGUUUAAUAAGAAUGGAAACGGUUCCCUUGAUUUUAAAUACUACAGGAAUUUAGUCAACCGUGAAAGAAAGGCAUGCAGAGGGAAGUAUUAUGAAUCAAACAUACAAAAUCUUAAGGGUGAGAACCCUAAGAGAUGGUGGAGUGAAGCGAAACGUUUAAGUGGUAUGAAAGAAAAGAACAUCGAUCUGUCCAGUCAAAUAAAAAUCGACGAGUUCUCUAACUUUCCACAACGUGAACAGGCAAAUAUCAUUAAUACAGCUUUCUUGGAGCCCAUUGAGGAGUACAGAUUGGUCGUUCCACCACCAUGCCGCGACUUGGAAGAAUCAACGGAG